AUGUUGAAUUUUGACAUCAAGACCGCCCAGGAGAAAAGAGUUUUGCAACUCCAUGAGUUGGAGGAGAUCAGGCUUGACGCUUUUGAGAGUUCAAAGAUUUACAAAAAGAGGACCAAAGCUCUCCAUGAUCAGAAAAUUCACAACAGGGAGUUCAAAGCUGGAGAUCUUGUGCUCUUGUUCAACUCUAGACUUAAGCUUUUUCCUGGAAAGCUAAAGACUAUAUGGUCAGGACCAUUCAAGAUACUUGAGGUGAGAGCUUAUGGUGCCAUUGUGCUUGAAGGAAAAGAUGGGCAAGGUUUGUCAAUGGACAGAGGGUCAAGCACUACUUGGUAUCUGAAAAGAAAGAGGGAGCUUCAUCAGUUCCUCUUCUUGAUCUACAAUCCGCUUAAGAAGGUUUUGUUAAGUGAUCUCAGGUUCAGAAAGUGCUCUAGCUGUGUAAAUGAUAACUAA